GCAAAGCCACCCGGUAUGCGGCGACUCAGAGUAAGUCUCUCUGAUUGCAGUGAGGCUUACUCUUAGGUAAAUAGGUCAAGAAGCAAAGCAGGUGUGAAGACUUGGAGGCUGGAGCUCUGCGCGUCCGCGGCUUUCUCUCGGCGCUCGUCGUCUUUGUGCGAGCAUAGCUCAGCCCCGCUCUACAGCCCGGCUCCCUCAGGGGCCGAGCGCGCGCGCGCGCGCACUUAUCUCGCAGGGAGGGGAGAGGCGGACAUCCUGAGCAGCCAAUCGCAGAGCCGUUCGCGGGGAAGGAGGGAGGGUGCGAGCGCCCUGGGUGGGAAAGCCCGCAGACCGGACGGGCGAAGGGAAGAGCGAGCAAAGGUAGAUUAUUAUCGAGCGCGGCUGUGUGAGCGCCAUCGAUUCCCGGGACGACGGAGCCGGCAUGGAACCAAACAGUCCCCGUAAGAUCCAAUUUACGGUCCCAUUGCUGGAGCCUCAUCUCGACCCAGAGGCAGCAGAGCAGGUGCCCUUCUCCAGCUGAUCUCAGAUGUGGCUAGAGGAAGAAGCACUGCCUUCUCCAGCAGGAGCUGAGACCGCUACAUACCCGCCCCUCCUGCUCUGUUAUUUGCUCUGCAUCACGUGGAAGAAAGAAGGGCAGCUGAAUAUCUCUAAGGAAUGUGCUGCAAACAGCUGGGUUCAUCAUUACCUGCUGUACUCAGGAAGCUCUGGGUGGCCACUGCUCAUGAUCCGAAGGCGUCGCCCAACUCCUGCCACCUUGGUCUUGAGCAGUGACCAAUCAUCACCUGAAAUUGAUGAAGACCGGAUCCCCAACCCGCUUCUAAAGCCAGGAUUGUCAAUGUCCCCAAGGCAGAGGAAGAAAGUCUCUCGCACUACUCCCACCAUGAAAGAGCUCCAGCUGAUGGUUGAACACCAUCUUUGCAAGCAGCAGGGAGAUGAAGAAGAAGAAGACGGCGCUGAGGCACAGGAGUCACACAGUCCAAGUUGCUGCCCUCAUGCCAGCACGGAACCUGCCCACAGUCCCGAGAGUUGCCCUUUGGCCCAAGCCCACAUCCAGCUGGAGUCCCAGGAAGAACCAUACUCUGGCCUUGAAGAACAGGGAAGAGUCACAGAAGCUUGCGGUGCAGAGAGCUCUGACAAAACGAGGUCUUACUUGUGCUCAGAAAAGCAAGGGAUUCAUAUAUCACUGGAGAACUCUGUGGAAAAGGACAAGCUGCCCAAGGAGUAGGUGAUUCUCUGCUGGAGGCACAGAGUUACAGCUGGACACAAGGCUCAUGCAUACCUGAGAAAUAUCACACAGUCCUUCCUUCCUUCCUUCCUUCCUUCCUUCCUUCCUUCCUUCCUUCCUUCCUUCCUUCCUUCCUUCCUUCCCUUUUUUUAAACAAUUGUGUUUUUUUUAAAGAUUUCAAUAACUUGGUCAUAUAUCUGUAAUGGUCCCAUCUUAUUUUUUUAAGUGAAAAACCACUUUCACCCUUUUGGGUUUUGUGGUCAGACAGUGGUAGGGAUUUGGCUUAGAGCACUAAGCAGAUUUUAAUCAGAGAUGGAAAAGCCUCUGCACUCGGCCCUGAGUGGUGGCCUAGAUCUCCCAAGCAGCAGCUGUGAGGCUGAUAAAGGCCUUCAGGCAAUUAUCUGCCUGGUUGGAUUGUGAUCUCUGUCACUCCCAGCCACGCUGGACAGAGGUAAUGAGAAUAGUAAUCUAGCAUAUGUGAAGGCAGACAAGCUGGGAAAAUGAGCCUAAGCCUAAAGCUAGACUACUGUAGAUUCCAAGGGUGAGGCCUUGAUUGAAUUUCCUGCUGUGCAUUCCCCUGCCUUUGGUCCACUCUUGUUACGUGUGAAAAAAGAAACAGGAAUUCUACCUCCUGGUGUGCCACUCUUUGUGUUGUUACGUAGACAAUCAUUAGAUUUCCUUGCCAACAUGAUAUAGUUUACCUAUUCUCCCCUCUGCUGUUGAAUAGAACUGAGUAAUAUUUUACUCCUUUGGCCAGUUUUUUCUGUCCAAAGCUGUCGCCCUCCAAAGUUGCUUGAGGUUUCAUCUCCCCAGGUUUGCAGUCUAUGUGACCAAAAAUCUGGUCAGAGGAAGGUUUCUUUAGACCUUGUUUUCUACACUGUAUGAUAUUUUGAUAGCUGUCUACUGUUUCCUGAACCUUGUAUUUGCUUUCUGCUCUAGCAUAACUUUUAUGUAUGCUGGGGCCUCUUAUAGCUCCCUCCGAGCAUGCAUCGCAAGGCAGCAAGGAUGCAUAUAGCAGAUUUAGGGUGAUAACAAGAUGGACUGCAUGCUCGUAAGCACAAGACCUUGUGCAGCUGUGCUUCGCACCACACUUUUCCUCUGAUCCAAUGAAGAGACAACGUGAUUCUUGUCAUGGCACUGUGCCUCACCUCAAAGCCUCAUCUGGCCACUCCAACAGCUGGAAGAUAAGUAGAAGAGUCUGGGAGUUUCCACAUGUGUGUGUUCAUGUGGGCAGAAUACACUUCUGGCUCCUGGAACUGUCAGCAAAGCAAUGGGAAGCAAAGGAUUUGGAGAUGGGACACAUUGCUUCGGGGUGCAUGGUGUAAAACCUUCGUUGAAAAGAGCCAAGCCCACCUGGGAAGCUCUCAAUAUGGCCCCAGUAUACUCUCAAGUGGGACACCCAGUUACCAACCUGGACCUGAAUAAGAGAAUUUCCUCUUCUUGAGUUGUGGGGCAGGGCCCCUUUAGCUGUCUUCAGGCCCAUUUCUUGGUUCCAGUUCUAUUCUGCUGAAUCCUGCCUCCUUAUUGGUUAAGGAAAACUGGGCAGCUGUGGUCCUUUCUGAAGCCUCUCCAUUCCCCUUCUAGUGGAGGUACACCCAACAGUACCAUCCAGCAGUGCCUUCCGAGAACAAACCAGCAUUUCUGCUGUCACACCUACAGGCCUCUGUUGCACGUAUGUGCAAAAACCCUCCCAAGAGUUGCCAUGCAAGUAUUACAAGAUCAUGAGUGCUGGGAUACAUUUUUAAAAAAAAAAAAAAAAUGAUAAGGAGUGUUUGCAAUAGCUGCUCAUUUUCCCCUUCUCGUUUUAGAUGUACGACCAGUGUUUUAAACUUUUAAAAGUGAAAAACCAGCAGCCCUUCCAAUGAUGUUGAACUACACUUUGCAGCCUCUCUUCCCCUUUGAUUGGGCUGCUAGAAAUGGAAGUUUGACAGCAUCGGAAGGCCCACCUAAUCCAUUCAAUAUGAAAUACAUUCAAGGCUGUCAUGUCUUAAUAAAGGAACUAGUUGAACAUAGCCUAGAUGAGAAAUAGACUACAUGUAGUUGGUUGAUGGUGUUUGGGGAGGGGGCUUUUCUUAUAUUAUUGUUCGCAAAAUAAUCCCAUCCCGGAUGAUGAGGUGGCUGCAAUCAGGAACCAUGUGAAAGUUCCAAGCAAACUGCCUGCUUGGGAGUGUCCUUAGUCCUACAUUGCUGUAUCUCUGAAUUGGUUUUACGUAUCUGGACUACAAUGCUGGACUCUGCCUCCUGACUCCGCCACCUGUGAAUCCUGCUUCUUUAUUAAAUGAGUCAUCUUUG